AUGUAUCCUGUUGAAAGGUACUUGGGAAAACUUAAAUCGUAUGUAAGUAAUAAGGCAAAUCCAGAAGGGUCUAUUGCAGAAGGAUACCGUUUUGAAGAGAUUCUUACAUUUUGUUCAAGAUAUCUAGAAAAUAUUGAGACUAGAUGGAAUCAACCUGGACGUGUAGAUGACGACCCUAUUGAUGAUAUCCAAACUGCUUCACGUGUAGCUGAAUUAUUUCCUAGAGUUGGAAAACCUGUGGGUGGAUCUUCUUAUUACACCCUAACACCAACUGAAAAAUUGCAGGCUCAUAGACACGUUUUAACAAACUGUCCAAUAGUUGACGAAUAUCUAAAGCAGUUCCGAAGUUUUACUCAAAACCAAAUGAGGCGCAGUCAAAGAAGUGCUACUGAGAUAGACAAGAAGGUUCAUAAGGAGUUUGUGCAUUGGUUCAGCAAUCGUAUUCGCAACAAUCUUGACAACAUUCAUGGGCCAGAUAAAGAUGUUCUCAUUAGUCUUUCUCAUGGACCUUUUGAUAAAGUUAAAAGAUUUACCGCGUUCAAUGUCAAUGGAUUCAAGUUUCGAACGUUGGAACGAGACAAUCUUUUAAAAACUCAAAAUAGUGGAGUUUUUGGCAUGUUUGGGACACGAAGUUAUUCAAGCAAUAAUGAUACCCAAAUGAGAUUUGGAGGGGUCCCUUACUAUGGAAGAUUAAUAGAUAUUAUUGUGCUUUCCUAUGAUGGCUUCACAGUGCCCAUGUUUAAAUGUGAAUGGGCUAAUACCAUAAACCCAAGAGGAAUUAAGAUAGAUAAGUUGGGUUUUACCUCUAUAAACUUUGCAAGACUACUACAUACUAGUGAACAUGAAGAUAAUGAGCCAUAUAUUCAAGCAUCUGAAGCUCAUAUGGUUUUUUAUGUAGAUGAUGAGAGUGAACAAGGAUGGAGCAUACCUGUUCAUUUGAAGCCAAGAGACUUGUAUGACAUGGGUGGAAAUGAUGAAAUUAUGACACCCAUUGAGCCAUAUCCAUCACAAAAUUUGGAACAAAUCUUUUCAAAUGAUGAUCUUGGAACUUCAGCGACAAAUGAUGACAAUAGUUAA